GUUUUGGCUCCUUCACAGCCAAUCUCCCUCCAUACUUGCUUAAACGAACAUAAUUCAAAAUAAUAGCAAAAAAGUUCAAAAUUUUAAACGUAACCAUUUUUACAGAAUCAGUUUGAAUCAACUUUGAAUUUCAGUUCUCAUUUUCUUUGAAGAAUCUAGGGUUAGGGUGGUGUAUAGUAAGCUCGCAAUGGAUACAAGGUUUCCUUAUUCGCCGGCGGAAGUUGCCAUAGUCCGUAUGGUCCAGUUCGGGAUACUUAGCCCCGAUGAGAUUAGGCAAAUGUCUGUGGUGCAAGUUGAGUACAGUGAAACGACAGAGAGGGGCAAGCCUAAGCCAGGUGGCUUGAGUGAUCCGAGACUGGGUACGAUUGACAGGAAGAUGAAAUGUGAGACUUGUAAUGCAAAUAUGGCUGAAUGCCCAGGUCAUUUUGGUCACCUGGAGUUGGCGAAGCCAAUGUUUCAUAUUGGUUUCAUGAAAACUGUAUUGAGCAUCAUGCGAUGCGUAUGUUUCAACUGUUCCAAGAUUUUGGCUGAUGAGGAAGAUCACAAGUUUAAGCAAGCUUUGAAAAUAAGGAAUCCCAAAAACAGGCUGAAAAGGAUUCUUGAUGCCUGCAAAAAUAAGACUAAAUGUGAAGGUGGUGAUGAUAUUGAUGUUCAAGGUCAAGAUACUGAAGAGCCAGUGAAAAAGAGUCGAGGUGGAUGUGGUGCUCAGCAGCCAAAACGUGUUGGUAAAACUGGUGCAAAAUAUAUCAUAAGGGAUGAUGGCCAAAGACUUGAUCUUCGUUAUUUGAAGAAAAGCAGUGAUCAUCAUUUGGAGCUUGGUUACAAGGUGGAGAGGCAUUUGAAUGAUGGUGACUUUGUGCUCUUCAAUCGACAACCUAGUCUACAUAAAAUGUCAAUUAUGGGACACAGAAUCAAGAUUAUGCCAUACUCUACUUUCCGUUUGAACUUGUCUGUCACUUCACCAUAUAAUGCUGAUUUUGAUGGUGAUGAAAUGAACAUGCAUGUUCCCCAAUCAUUUGAAACUAGAGCAGAGGUAUUGGAGCUAAUGAUGGUACCUAAGUGCAUCGUGUCACCUCAAUCAAACCGGCCAGUUAUGGGAAUUGUCCAGGAUACACUUUUAGGAUGCCGUAAGAUCACCAAGAGGGACACUUUUAUAGAGAAGGAUGUCUUUAUGAAUAUAUUGAUGUGGUGGGAGGAUUUUGAUGGAAAAGUUCCUGCUCCUGCAAUUCUGAAGCCACGGCCUCUUUGGACAGGAAAGCAAGUUUUUAAUCUUAUUAUUCCAAAGCAGAUAAAUCUUAUUAGAACUGCUGCCUGGCACACGGAUACAGAUAGAGGAAUUAUUACUCCAGGGGAUACUCUAGUUCGAAUAGAAAAAGGGGAGCUACUAUCUGGAACUCUUUGCAAGAAAACUCUUGGGAGCUCUUCUGGAAGUCUUAUUCAUGUCAUUUGGGAAGAGGUUGGUCCAGAUGCAGCUCGCAAAUUUUUGGGCCAUACUCAGUGGCUUGUGAAUUAUUGGCUUUUGCAAAAUGGUUUUAGCAUGGGUAUUGGAGAUACAAUUGCUGAUGCAGCUACAAUGGAGAAAAUCAAUGAAACUAUUUCAAAAGCAAAAAAUGAAGUGAAGGAUCAUAUUAGGAAGGCUCAAAACAAGGAACUAGAAGCUGAACCUGGAAGGACUAUGAUGGAAUCAUUUGAAAACAAAGUGAAUCAGACAUUGAAUAAAGCUCGUGAUGAUGCUGGAAGCAGUGCCCAGAAGAGUUUGUCUGAGAGUAACAACCUCAAGGCCAUGGUUACUGCAGGCUCAAAAGGGAGUUUCAUUAACAUAUCGCAGAUGACUGCUUGUGUGGGGCAGCAAAAUGUUGAGGGUAAGCGUAUCCCAUAUGGUUUUAUAGAUCGGACAUUGCCUCACUUUACCAAGGAUGAUUAUGGGCCAGAAAGUCGUGGGUUUGUGGAGAACUCAUAUCUGCGUGGGUUGACCCCCCAGGAGUUCUUUUUUCAUGCUAUGGGUGGUAGGGAAGGUCUUAUAGAUACAGCAGUGAAGACUUCUGAGACUGGGUAUAUUCAGAGGCGACUAGUGAAGGCCAUGGAGGAUAUUAUGGUUAAAUAUGAUGGCACUGUUAGGAAUUCACUGGGAGAUGUUAUUCAGUUUCUCUAUGGGGAAGACGGUAUGGAUGCUGUCUGGAUAGAAUCACAGAAGCUGGAUUCUUUAAAAAUGAAGAAAUCAGAAUUUGAUAGGGUCUUCAGAUAUGAAAUCGAUGAUAAAAAUUGGAACCCUUCUUACAUGAUGCCGGAUCACAUUGAGGAUUUGAAAAAUAUUCGAGAAUUGCGCGAUGUGUUUGAUGCCGAAGUUCAAAAACUUGAAGCAGAUAGAUACCAACUAGGAACAGAGAUUGCAACCACAGGUGAUAAUUCUUGGCCAUUGCCUGUUAACCUCAUGAGGCUUAUUUGGAAUGCACAGAAGACUUUCAAGGUUGAUACGAGAAGGCCCUCAGACAUUCAUCCAAUGGAAGCUGUAGAAGCUGUUGAUAAGCUACAGGAGAGAUUAAAAGUUGUUCCUGGGGAUGAUCCAUUGAGUGUCGAAGCCCAAAAGAAUGCCACUCUUUUCUUUGGAAUUUUGCUUCGUAGCACUCUUGCCAGUAAAAGGGUGUUGGAGGAAUACAGGCUUACUCGUGAAGCGUUUGAUUGGGUUAUUGGUGAGAUAGAAUCACGGUUCUUGCAGUCGUUGGUGGCACCUGGGGAAAUGAUAGGUUGUGUUGCUGCACAGUCCAUUGGAGAGCCUGCCACUCAAAUGACCCUCAAUACUUUCCACUAUGCUGGUGUUAGUGCAAAGAAUGUUACUCUUGGUGUUCCCAGACUGAAGGAAAUUAUUAAUAUAGCUAAAAAGAUCAAAACACCCUCUCUUUCUGUCUACCUAAAACCAGAAUGUAAUGGCACAAAGGAGAAGGCUAAGAGUGUUCAAUGUGCUCUGGAGUACACGACUCUCAGGAGUGUUACUCAAGCUACAGAAGUAUGGUAUGAUCCAGAUCCCAUGAGUACCAUAAUUGAAGAGGAUGCUGAAUUUGUGAAGUCAUAUUAUGAAAUGCCAGAUGAAGAGGUUGCACCAGAAAAAAUCUCUCCUUGGUUGCUACGUGUAGAGUUGAACCGUGAAAUGAUGGUUGAUAAGAAGCUUAACAUGGCUGACAUUGCUGAGAAGAUCAAUCUUGAAUUCGAUGAUGAUUUGACAUGUAUAUUUAAUGAUGACAAUGCUGAAAAACUGAUCCUCCGGAUACGUAUCAUGAAUGAUGAGGCUCCGAAGGGCGAGUUGGAUGAUGAGUCUGCUGAGGAUGAUGUUUUCCUGAAGAAGAUUGAGAGUAACAUGCUGACAGAAAUGGCUCUUCGAGGUAUCCCAGAUAUAAACAAGGUCUUUAUUAAAAAUGGUAAAGUAAGCAAGUUUGAUGAGAAGGAUGGAUUUAAGACAGCAGAGGAAUGGAUGCUUGAUACAGAGGGUGUCAAUCUCCUGGCUGUUAUGUGUAAUGAAAAUGUUGAUGCAAGGAGGACUACGAGCAAUCAUUUGAUUGAAGUUAUUGAAGUUCUUGGUAUUGAGGCAGUUCGCCGCUCCUUGCUAGAUGAGUUGAGGGCUGUUAUAUCUUUCGAUGGAUCCUAUGUGAAUUACCGACAUCUAGCUAUAUUGUGUGAUACCAUGACCUAUCGCGGCCAUUUGAUGUCGAUCACCCGCCAUGGUAUCAAUCGGAAUGACACCGGGCCAUUGAUGAGGUGCUCGUUUGAAGAGACUGUGGACAUUCUUCUUGAUGCUGCUGUGUAUGCCGAAUCAGAUUACUUGAAGGGUGUCACUGAAAAUAUAAUGCUCGGUCAGCUUGCACCAAUUGGAACAGGAGGCUGUUCAUUAUAUCUUAAUGCUGAAAUGUUGAAGAAUGCUAUAGAACUUCAGCUCCCUAGUUACAUGGAUGGCCUGGACUUUGGCAUGACUCCAGCUCGUUCUCCAGUAUCAGGAACUCCUUACCAUGAGGGAAUGAUGUCUCCGAGUUACUUGCUGAGCCCAAAUCUUCGCCUCUCACCCAUUACAGAUGCUCAGUUCUCACCAUAUGUUGGUGGAAUGGCUUUCUCUCCUACGUCGUCUCCUGGCUACAGCCCAUCAUCUCCAGGCUACAGUCCAGCAUCCCCUGGCUAUAGUCCCACAUCUCCUGGAUAUAGUCCUACCUCACCUGGUUACAGCCCCACCUCUCCCGGAUAUAGCCCAACCUCACCAACCUACAGCCCCAGUUCUCCUGGCUACAGUCCAACCAGUCCGGCCUAUUCUCCUACAAGUCCAUCGUAUUCCCCAACUUCCCCAAGUUACAGCCCAACGUCUCCCAGCUAUAGCCCAACGUCUCCCAGCUACAGCCCAACGUCUCCCAGUUACAGCCCUACUUCUCCAGCUUAUAGUCCCACGUCACCAGCAUAUAGUCCCACUUCUCCUGCUUACAGUCCCACCUCACCGUCAUACAGCCUGACUUCUCCUUCUUAUAGCCCAACAUCACCUUCCUAUAGCCCAACAUCACCUUCUUACAGUCCAACUUCUCCAUCUUAUAGUCCCACAUCUCCAUCAUAUAGCCCAACUUCACCUGCAUAUAGCCCCACAUCCCCUGGGUACAGCCCCACCUCCCCUAGCUACAGCCCUACAUCACCAAGCUACAACCCUCAGUCAGCUAAAUAUUCAAUGGCAUAUUCACCAAGCAGUCCAAGGUUAUCACCAUCCAGUCCUUACAGCCCUACAUCUCCAAAUUACAGUUCGACGUCGCCAUCAUAUUCCCCCACGUCUCCAUCAUAUUCCCCUUCGAGUCCAACGUAUAGUCCUAGCAGCCCAUAUAAUUCUGGAGCACCAGAUUACAGCCCAAGUUCUCCACAAUAUAGUGCUGGGUACUCGCCAAGUGCACCUGGUUACUCACCGUCAUCAACCAGCCAAUACACUCCUCAAACAAAUACCAAGGAUGACAGGAAUAAUAAAGAGGACAGGAAUGGAAAGGAUAAGGAUGACAAGAGCAGUCGAUGAGGCAAAGUCGAUUUCAUGAAAUGCUUGUUAGGAAGUAAAGGUAAAGUUGUUCUUUUGAUCUUUUGUAUUUAUGAGUGAUGACAAAACUUCUUGUAAGACCUAUGUUUUAGGAAGGCGUAGCAUAGUUACAACUGGCUUAAAAGGUUAAAAAAGAAAGAAAAAAAAGCUUCAAGUUGUUUUCAUUGUGACUGGAUUAAGUUGAUUUGAUAUUGUUGUAUAAACAAGUGGAACUGAAAUUUGUUUUUUCACUUACAGUUGAUAGGGGUUGCAACGGUAUUCAAUUCCAUCAGUAUAUCUUGUAGCCGUGUAAGGAAAACGACUACAAUUUUUUUGCCCUAUUUGUGAUAUUUGCAGUUAUUAUGUAGCCUAUAUUAUUGUUUCAGAACCGUUUUCUUGUACUCCGCCUAAUUUCUGACUAUGGUAGUUGUUGCCUUAUCAUGUGCA